UUCAGCGCGCGUUUGAAUAUCAACAUUUCAGCCCACCCGUACGGUCGCACCGAAUAAAACGCACCAGUGUUCGACUCAUUCCUCUAUAUGAGCAUUUUGUCGCGAUUUCGAAGAUUUAUUUUGUUUGCUUGGAUGAACGGAAGGAGGUUGAACAUCACUUUAAUUAACAUUUAGUAUUUAUCUUGUAAUACAUUGCUGGAACACGGAAGAUGAAAUACAUUGCUGGAACAUGGAACAAGCAAGUACAGAUAUUGAACGAUUUCGUGAGCGUCUGGACAUUAACAAUCUUCGGCCACCAUGGACUAUGAAAGUGACUACCGAAUUGCUGGGUCGUGGAAAUAGUGGUUUUGAUGUGUGUAAAGCCGAAGACAGAUCCAGCGGUCAAGAAUUUGCGGUGAAAUUAAUGCGAUUUCGGCACGAAUUUGUGUCUCAUGUACUUCAGGCCUCACGUGGUUCUGGCAGUGGUUGUAUCUUUGGACCGGCGGUUUCGAACAGAUUCGAAAUAAUUCGCGCGCUGGAACACUCCAACAUUGUGAAGUAUUAUUUCUUGAACGCGUCCAGUAUUGGAGAUGACUUUCAACUGUGCAUUUUCAUGGAACGAUGCAGUGACGUUACCCUGGAAAAAGAUAUGCAAGCUUUUUCUCGCCGCUAUCACACUGGUUAUGAGGCCAAUGAAGUGGUACGAUACUUUGCUGACGUCGCAUCUGGAUUACGAUAUCUACACUCACGGGAAAUAGUACACGGGGAACUGUGUCCAGAAAAUUUAAUUUUUUCGGAACAAUUGCCAAAGUUGCUAAAGAUAACUGACUGCUUGCCUCUUUUUGAUUGGCUUGAGAAAGGAAUUCAACGUCCGGAAGCGAAAAAACGGGACAUGGUGUCGCCGUAUAGGGCCCCAGAAGAGAUCAGUCGCAAGAAAGGUUUCUUCAUGGGCCGCCGGGGCGACGUAUGGAGUUUAGCCUGCAUUUUAGUCUUUAUGCUGCAAGGCCGUGCGCCAUAUUCCAUACCGAUAGUGUUGCGUAUGCUUCUAAAAAAAUCACUAGAUGGACUAGCCAAGGAGGCUUUUUCUAAGUUGAUCGCGCGGUGCAUUGAUGGCGACUUCAGGCGGGAAGCUCGCUAUGGGAAUGAGAUUAUUUUCUUGAUUCAGGCUCGGAGUUUCCUUCAACGAUGCAUGGUGUUUAAUAAGAUGGAAAGACCAUACAUGGAUGCGGUCUGUGAUCAUGACUUCAUUAAAGGUCAGACAGAUUGCAUUAAAACCGACCGUGAUAUCACCGACGCCCAUUCCAGUCAAAAAGAGCUGGAAGACAAUCGUGAUGGAAUUACCAACAAGGUCCAAGGCACUUCGGAGCCAUCGGGUACAGCACUUGAUCCAAGGAGCUCGCAGAAUGACGAAGAAAAAACCAUGGAAAGUAUCGGCAGCUCUUGUCGGUACAAAUACAAUCCCACAACGGACAAAAUUGGACAGGGGCCGUUUGGGGCAGUUUAUAAAGCUGAAAUUACUGCUCGCGGUGACUUUACCGGUUCAGGCUCGAUUGCUGUUAAAGCGAUCUACGUUAGACUAACCGGAAAUGUUGACAGCGAAAACUGCAUCACUUCUGCUGCCAAGUGGAGACAGCUGCUGCAGCUGCGAAACAAAAAUAUAGUGCGGUACUACAAAAUCAGCUGCUUCGUAUCCGGUACCGGCGCUGCCAUAGAGCUGUUAAUGGACUAUUUUCCAGAUGGUGAUUUGGCUUGCCUGAUUAACGUUUGGGAAGCGAUAUCAGAAGAAAUGUCAUUACUAGCCGGCGUCAGUUUUGCACUCCAGAUUAGCUGGGGUUUAUCAUACCUUCAUUCCGAAAGGAUUAUACACGGCGAUUUGAAACCAGCGAAUGUACUUGUACGAUCGCAACCUCACCGACCUGGCGGAUACGUUAUGGUGAUCGGUGAUCUGGAUGACCGAUGCAUGAUGACGAGUAGCCAAACAUGUACAAAGGAUGUCACCCGAAUGCAUGGAACCACUCGCUAUAUGUCACCGGAAAUGGUCAAAACAUUUGUCUGCGAGGUGCCGACGGAUCGGAUUGGUCGGAAAACGGACGUUUGGAGUUUAGGGUGCAUAAUCAUCGACCUUGUGGACGGUUUAUUGGGAAAUAAGGAUAGAUGGCUGCACCGAAAGGGAACAGAAGACCAGUGCAUCAUAACGAAUUAUCCGGAUUACGUAAUUUUGAGGAAGCUAGCGGAUGGCUUUGUUCCUCUUUUAAUACACUCCAGCCAUGAGGAAAUCACCGCUUUGAUAGAAAAGUCAUUGUGCAGCAGCAGCAAGGAUCGAAUAACAUCCGUGGAACUAUCUUACGAGUUAGAAAAAAUUUUCGCUGUGGCGUGGGAAAAUUUUAAGAAUAUGUAGCGGGUGCACGAUCAUUAUAUUCAUCAGGACAUAUUAUAUAUUAUUUAACUGUGCUGCGUGCGAUUGUGGCUCGUGAAUGACUGGUUGCCAGAUGGAAGCGGGCAUAGUAUAUUAUAUCACCUCCAUCAAGGUUUGACUUUGAACUCUUCCCGGCAGGUUUGUCUUUUUCAAGCGAUCGGAUAAAAAUAAUGCCCUACGAUAACAGUCCCUUUUGAUUAACUACGAAAUUGUUUUUUUCUAUAUUUUAAAAUUGUUUUCCGCACUUGCAUGCCCAUAUCCUUAA